CGCAAAGGUUAACGAUGACGUACUUCACAAAACUUUCACCAGUUGUUUUCGCGUUCAGACAAUUUAUUUGGCAACGUACAAGCGAGGAGUUCGCGACUUAAACAAUACACUAAGCACGAUCAGCAGUUUUGAAAGUCUCAGCUAAAGUAUAUUUCGCACGAAGUUAUUCCAGAAUUACAAGAAAACAUGAAUAGGAGAGGCACCGCCAAUUUUACGACUACAGAACCACAGGAAGUUCCACGUAUCUUGCACAACGAUAUGAUGAACUUAGCAGAUAUCUUGAAGAUGAGCAUGGUGGGAGGAGACUUCGCCCAAUAUGACUAUUUUACUCAGCAAAAUCUUGUCGGCCAGACUUAUCAGGAGCUAAUGAAGACACAGCAAGCCGACGAUUAUUGCCGUAACACGUCCCGGCAUUCACCUAUGGUUCCUGACACUGAUUAUCCUCCAUUCCUCCUCGACUGUCAAUUGGACAAUAGUAUUUACGAAGUGGAGUCCAAACAGCCCAAUGCUUUCAACAAAAAUGCGCAAGAAUUCAUCUAUAGAAACCAGCAGGUCCCGAUCUCUUCCCAAAACGGAUACAGCGUUCCAAGUCCAAUAAACUUUCCGAGACCAUCCGAAGUUCGUCCGAAGGUAUCCCGGCCACGUUUAUGUCAUUUUUUGGUCGAGCUUUUGGCAAAUCCUUCCAAAUAUUCGAAAAUUAUUGAGUGGGUGGAUCAGAAUAAUGGUGUAUUUAAAUUCCUUGAUUCCGCUGAAGUUGCAUAGUGGGGCCGAAGACGGAACAAACCCCACAUGAAAUACGAAAAUUUUGCACGUUCUCUAAGAACAUACAUUGCCAAAGGCAUUUUGACCAAGCCUCGGAGCAAAUUGGUUUAUCGUUUCACGAGCAAGGUCGUGUAAACACUUAGGUGCUCGCUGGUCGGACGCCACAAAAUAUUUCUUUAUCGUUCAUGUAACGUGGAAGGAGUCUUUCUUGUAUUCCACGAGGUUCUUAUGCCAUCAACAUUUCUUAAAACUAUUGUAUUUAAAACGGAAGUCGCAGUUGCACGCAAUGCCAGCGCAUGCUUUCAUUUAUUUAUGUGAUUUAUAUACAAAAUGGGUUAUAACCACAGAUCUGAAAAUAGACUUGAUAACGUACUUCCCUAUUUCUGUGAAGCCAUAGCCGCCAUAUUGGAAGGUCCCACUUCAUAGUCAUAUUUCUACAAAAUAUGCUAUGUUUAUACAUGGCUUUAAGUUCCAAAAAUAACAAAAAUACGUCGUCAUAAAAGCUCUGUCGUAUGUUAAAGUUGGGUUUCACUACUCGAGUGGGACCUAGUAAUCGGGUGAUAACAAUGUGGUCAUCCGAUUACUUUGGCUUGCGGUAUCUAGUUUAUUAUACAUAUCUAUGGUUAUAACAAAAGCUUGAUAAAGAUAGGGUGUGAAAACUCCAUGCUUAUUGUGCUAAUAGUAUCAUUCAAGUACAAUGCAAAGCUGACUUUAACACAAACGACUUUUACUUCUCAGUAUUACGACUGAUUUGCAUUUUCUUUGAGGGCAGAAUCUUGCGAUCACAUUGCAUUUUGGGAUUGCUAAGAGGAAUUAGAAUACUUUUCAUAACGAUCAUCCUCUUUUUAUAUCUUUUGCAAUGUCGUAAAAAUUCAUCCUUAGAAUUUUCGUGAAGAUCGGGAAGCCAUCAUCACUGGACAGUAUUCUGCUAGAAUUGUAUCUUCGCUUUACCAUUAUUUUGUAUGAAGUUACAGAAGUUUGCUACCCAGUGAUUUGCCGAUUUUGAUGGGCUAAAAAAAUUUAAUUCAUAGGGGUUGGGGGGAGGUUCCGGCCUUUAUAAAUAAAAAUUGCCCAACUCGAAGCAAUUCCAAAUGUAUUCAUAAAUCAAAUUUUUAUUACUCUGUUCAAGCAGUAGAAAUUUUUAUAAAUUUUACCAGAAGCAUAUGAUUUUCUCUAGAUAGGCUUCAUAACAGAUAAUUUGUCGCUAAUAAAGCGACAAAAACAUUACGUAAAUGUCUUCCGUUUAGGUUAUUAAUUUUUAAUUUAUAUAUUGAUAUUUUUAUGGAGAGGUCCAGUGAUUGGAUCAUAACUUAUUGUAUUUUUUCAGUUUUACUCGGUGAUCUGUUGAUCAGUUACAUCUGAGCAGGACAUUGUAGUUCGAACAUUUUCAAUAAACCAUUACACACCUC